AUGACAUUGUCCCUCGGAUUUUGCUUGCUCCUCUCUCCUCAAUUCAACAACAGUUUGAGAAAAUUCUCCCCUUCUUCAAUCCGAAAUGGCCAAACUUUAAAAGUGAGAACAGCCCCAGAGGCCUUGCAUCUCUAUACAAAUGUGAUGAGGAAUGCAUCAGCUCUUACAACCCAUGUUGCCUCUCAGCUAAUGGGGAGCACAAAUCUAUUACCGGAAACUGUAAAACACUUCAUUAAGCUAAGUCCUUACAAGCCUUUUAGAACAUAUGUUUUUUGCACUGGGAAUGGGAAAUUGGUUGUCUUGGAAAACCCUGAAGCUGUGUUGCAAACCUUGUUCUACUCUUGUCAGUUAAGUAGUGAAACGGAAUGGGCGGCCAUUUCCCACAAAUGCUUGGACAUGCAAAAUGUGGUUGAGGUUGAUAAACUAGAAGAGCUCUGCUUAGGCUCAGAUGGUUACUUGGAUGACCUUGGCUUGAGUGUAAGAGCUAGAUUAUGCCUUCGUGCUGCAUGA